AUGUCAAUGAUUCUGUCAACGUCUAUGAGAAAAACCGCAAGAGGUUUCAUUCGAGCUAUGUCUGGUGGUUACGGUGAUGGUGUUGGCAAGGGUGGCGGUGGUGGUGGCUCCAUUCGUGAUGCUGGCGGUGCGUUCGGAAAAAUGGAAGCAGCAAGAGAAGAUGAAUAUUUCUACAAGAAGCAAAAGCAACAACUUGAAGAACUGAAAGCUCAUCUUCAGCAAGAGAUCGAACAUCAUGAGAAACAACUUGAAAAUCACAAAGCGGUUCUGGAGAGACACCGACAACGUGUGAAGGAAAUCGAGGCCACUCAGGAGAAACAUGAAUGA